CAUCAACGAUCCUCCAUCUUCAAACAUCUUUUGUCUUCCAACAGGCAGCCGCCCAACGUCCUCCCUUCCACAACUGCUCUGUCGCUGUCGCAUUAUCAAAGAUAGCCGUUCUUGUUAUUGUUCCUCGCUGUAGUUGCUCGCUGCCGCAAGCCCCGCCGUUUCCACAACCCAUUAACCCAGAUAUAUAGCAACAUCACAACAAUGGCCGAUACGAACGCGCCCAAGCCGAGCAGCAGCGUCAAGCUGGUGCUUCUAGGUGAAGCUGCUGUCGGAAAGUCGUCGCUCGUCCUCCGAUUCGUCAACAAUGACUUCCAAGAGAACAAGGAGCCCACGAUAGGAGCCGCCUUCCUAACCCAGAAGUGCAACCUGCCCACGAGGACGAUCAAGUUCGAGAUUUGGGAUACAGCAGGCCAGGAGCGCUUCGCCUCUCUAGCGCCCAUGUACUACCGCAACGCCCAAGCCGCCCUUGUCGUUUACGACCUGACGAAACCUACUUCACUCAUCAAGGCCAAGCACUGGGUCGCCGAGCUCCAGCGACAAGCGUCUCCCGGCAUUGUUAUCGCGCUCGUGGGCAACAAGUUGGAUCUGACCAGCGACUCGGCCGGCUCUGCCGAGGUUUCCGGAGGUGGCGACGACAAUGCGGAGGAUUCGGGCGACGCACGCAAGAUCUCGACGGACGAGGCCAAGGCAUACGCCGAGGAGGAGGGUCUCUUGUUCUUUGAGACUUCGGCCAAGACCGGACAUAACGUUACCGAGGUUUUUACAGCCAUUGCGAACGCCAUCCCCGAGACGUCGUUGAAGAGCGCGCGUGGGCCUGGUGCCUCGCAUGCCGGUGUCAGCCGCACAGAAGAGCAGAGGGUCAACCUUAACGGGCCGCGGGAUCUCGAGGCAAAGGAAGGUUGCGCCUGUUGAGGGACGAUGGACGGAUGGAUGGAUGGAUGAAGGGAAGGAGGGAUUUGGAGAAGAUAUUGAACGGACGGUGCGGAUAUCCACCAGGAGGGGCUGCGGAGGGGGAUACUGAUGAGAAUAAGGGCGUCCAUCUUCCGGUUGACGAACAACAGAGCUUUGCAUUUUACAGACGGGUUAACGGAGUGGGUGGUCACAUUGGGCGGGUUCAUACGGAGUAUACUUGUUUUCUUCUUUCGAUCUACCAAUUUCUCUUUCUUAUCAUCGAAGCACGAUAUACAGACCCAGCAGUAACAGGCUAAUGGAGUUUUUGCCACAUAUCCUCACCUUGGAGCGGGCGGUUCGAUGCCUGUUGGUCAAGUUUGCUGGUAUCCUUAAUUUUUCCAUACUCACAUACUAUGAUAAGUCACAUCAUGAAUACAAGACGGAACACGGAAACCUUGUUGGACCUGUUAC